AUGAAUUCCGACAAGAGGGCCCAAAGUCGAAUGGCCCGUAGUGCCUUCUCCACCGAUCUAACAAGCACGGAUGGAUCAUACGUUGAAAUACACUCUGCACCACCUUUGUCACGCAAGGAGCAUUCAGGGGAACACAAUACGGGUUCGAAGUUUGCUGAGGCGAUGAACAACCCAGAUUGGCGUCGCCGUCGUGACAAUUAUAGCUCCUACGACUCGGUGGCUACGACAGGAACCAGCACGGAUUGGUACACAACAGGCAGUGGUGAAGGCUUUCAGUCCCAUACAGACAAUGAUGCUGGCACACACAGCAAAAUUGGAAGACCCAGUUCUUGGAACUUUAUCGACAGUGGCAGUCACUUGCAAUCCAUUCUUGACAGCUCCGAAGUUGGCAGCAGAAAUAUGCCACGUACCGGCAAAGAUCAACCAAGCAUGGAUCGACAUAACAUGCAUACGGUCGUGAAUAAGAACCCGGGAUACGGCGCCCAUGGAUUAUGCAUCCUGCUGAGGGACUCUGAACUUUUCAAUGCCCCCGAAAACAUCAGGAUGCUGAAAUUGACUCCACUGGUCCCCGGGGAAGAUUUUUCACAAGCUGGUGCUGGUCAAGUCGUCAUGGAGGAUGGGAAAGCCUACCCUGUUGCUCGCAUACAGCCCACGCGUGGAAGACUACCGCGAUGGAAAACAUCUGACGAGACAACAGAUGAAGGAUACCGAACAGAAUCCAACUAUUCUCAUCAUGAAUCAAGCGAAGCGAAGUACCAGGCGCUGAGAAGCUCUGGAGCCGAUAACAUUGAGAAAGCCAGAGAGGCCGUUUUUCAAGACCCAGCAGUCGCCAAUGUUGGUAACAGGAUCGACGAAUCACAAGAGAAGACUACAGCACUUCCAUAUUUUGUAUCUGGUAACUCAGGGACAAAAUAUCAGCUUAACCGUAAACAUGAGGCUUGGAAGAAGAUUUUACAGAAGCUCAAUGGAACCACGACCAACAAAAACGAAACGUUGGACACAAAAAGAUUGAAAAAAGAAACUGAACGGCGAAACGAGGAGUUCAAAAGGCUUCUUAAAAAACUUCGGCAAGAUCGCGGGCUAGAAACUCGACCUUCAGGCGCAACUCCCGCAGAAGAACGUCAUUUUCAGCCAGAGCUCUCAGAGAAGCCGUACAAAGUGCCACAACAGCGCAAAGAUGUCAGUCAAGAUCCCGAAAUCGUCUCGGCUUACACUACCUAUCCCAAAAAGAAAGAGUGGUCUCAAGACUCUGGGGUUUGUAUGGAUAGAGACUCUCUCAACUCUGGGUUGAACCCUAGAGCAAGAGAGUUUCUAUCGUUCAAAAGCUUCGCAAGGGAAUCAACGAGCUCAGAAAAGUACGGCACAUCGGGCCAGGAAUUCUUCCAGCAGAUAGGCUUGGAAAAUAGCAGCGAGGAAAGUGAAUGCCUCGUCAACCAGCCUGUUGAGGUGGUCUCGACAAGUUUGAAUCAUCAUAUGCCCCCCAUGAAGCCAGACUGCCUCGACACAAGUCAGAAAGGAAACCUAAGCCCAGAGGCUAGUUGGAUUCCUUUCGGAGUGCAAGGCCCAGUGGGGUUUGACCUCACCUCAAACAUGUUGCCAUUUUCGAAUGACCCUUUUUCAUUCGGCGCAUAUCAGAACCCAAUACAGAAUACCGCUCCCCCUGGAUUGCUAUCUAGCCUUGGAUUGGUAACACCAAUUGGUAAACGGCUGCCAAUCACCAGUUUCGGAAACCAACUCAAUCUGCCUACAGCAAAUCUUCCUUUUCAGUCAUGCGCGGUUGCACCUAACCCUUUGAUGGGUAUCAAUGCAACUCCUCAAUUGCCUUACAAUCCAACACUGGGAAGCAGUGAAUAUUCAGCUUGUCCACCUCCCGUUUCAAAACCGAUGUUUCCUGACCCAAUCCAGCAACAGAAAUAUGAAGCGUACAUCGAAUGGCGAAAAGCUAAUGAACCAGGAUACGCGCUUGCAUGCAAAAGCCGACAACAACGUCGGGCCCAGCGUGGUUCAAACCCACUGAAUCCAACGUUGCCACAUAACGAGGUCCAACCUGUGUGA